GCGCAGAGGGACCGCAUUCUCGGACGCCGAUAUGACGCGAGUCCGACGAAACGACGAAGAGGCACUUGCCACCACGACGAACUGGCCGAUAAUGCUUGAGCGGCGGACGUGGUUGGGCAGUAGAGAGCGCGGAGACGGCCGAGCGCAGGCGAGACCGCCCGACGCGGUGGAAACCGUCGAUUGGCUGUCGCAAUAUGCGCGAGUUUUGAAACGCCUUGAGCAUUCUUUCCUCGUGAUUGAUUAAAAAUUCAUAAUUGCAAAUUACAAAUUUAAAAUUUCAUGGCUGACGUCGUUUGCGCCUGCAUGAGAUAAAGCUCGUAAAAGAAUAAUUUACAGAAUCGGAGAGGUCUAUAUAGAAGGUCGGUAAGUACUUUAAGCUCCUCAUAAAAACAUAACAGAGAUCGUUAUCAAGAUUUCACUCGUGUGUAUGUACAGUCAUCCGGAAGUGAUUUCGUGAUGAUAAACUGUCUGUAAAUUCUUCUUACAUUUCACCCAUAAUGGCCCUUAAUGGCACUUGACGAUAUCUAAACGCUGAUGUCGCCGAUAUGAUAUCAUCGGCGAUAUGUAGACGAGCCGUCUCCCCGGCAACGAGAAAGGAAAACUUGUCGCUUGACGAGAACGGCCGGGGAACGAUACCGUGACUCACGUCAAAACAUAACCACUCGUGUUAUUUAUUUAACAAAUUCAAAUUUACAAGUAAUCGCAUCUCUCGAGUGAGAGAUGUUUUAACUAAUUUAUGACGUUGCGUGUAUGACGACUGAACGCUCGAAAUUGUGAUAAGUAGGAAAAUUAAGAUGCUAUCUUCGAAGGCGAACGCGGCGUUAACGCGUCUGAAGGAGAUCGAGGAGAAAUACAAGAUGAAACGUAAGCAGCAAAACUGGAAUCGUGAGGAAGACAGCUCGAUAAGCAGCGUCUCGAUAGACCUAUCGGAAAACCUCUCAGGAAAAUUGAAGGAAUCUCCAAGGAACGUGUCGAGGCCGAAGCUCAACAUAAAAAUGCCGGAUAUGCGAUUUAACAACCAGAGAGCAAAGUCAACAACAAACAAGAUGACUUCAAGAUCGCUUGAAGGCGUCGACAAAGUCGAUCUUGGUGUCAUGGUGCCGUUGAAAGACAAAUCUCAGGUGGAUAGAAAGCAGGAAAAUUUAAGCUCGGAUACAACAACCAUUCAAGAAAACAGUUCGAUCGAUAGCGUGUCUGUUGGCUCCGUAAACUCGUCUUCGAGAUCGGUUUUGCGCUCGAAAACGUCGCGGCAGGAUGCGGCCAGUAAUAAGAUUCCCGGACGAGCAGGCAGAACGAAGGCGGCUACGAAAGUCGAGGAAGAAAGAACGUCUGACAAAUCGUCCGAAAUUUCCGGGGAAGGGAAGACGUCACUCGACAAUUCGUCGACUACAAAACGAUCGCGGGUGUCUAAGAAAUCGAACGACCUUUCGAGCUCACGCUCUGACCUGAAAUCGAAGGAGCAGCCAUUCAACGUGGAAGCAAAAAGGCCGGAAACCGCGAAUUUCAGCCAGAAAUCGUGGCAUUCAAGCCGCGCGGAAUCCCCGAGCGAUAACAGCAUUAUUGAGGAGUCGGUUGACACGGUGGUGGACGACAGUGAGAUUAUCUCGGAACUUUCGCGUAUUGACGAAAGCGUCGCGGUCAAGGUUGAGGAUUCCACGAACGCUUCACAAACUUCAGGGCGCCCGGAAGCCAACGACAUUUCUGUAACGACCGUAGAGUCGAGUUCUAAACACCCGGUAAUCGAAGACGGCUAUGCAAACGACACCUUCGAAGACGCUUCGAGUUCUUCGACCGUGCGAUCGGAAUUGAAGUUCCAGAAUGAUGAAGUUACCGACGAGAAAAAUUCCGAUUCGAAGGGUGAGAAAGUUAUGGAUUCGGUGGCAUCAAAGCCGAGCGUAACCCAAGUGGAUCUGGAAUCGGCGAGCUACGUCGGCGACCUUGGAAAAAUUGGUGGCGCUAAUUAUCCAGAUAAGGCAACCAUACAUUUGAUAAAAUCGUCAAAUUCUAUUGACUCACGUUUAGAGGAGGAGGGGGAACAUUAUCAGCAAACGGAGUUUAAAAGGAACACACCGAAUGCCAGCCACAAGAACGUGUCGAGCUCCAAAUUAUCGAUUAGUGAGAGGACGGAAACGAAUACGAAGGUGAUGUCCCAAAGGAGCUCCUCGAAGUCGAUGACGUCUGUUUCGGAAAUUGAUCAGCAAGAGAGUAGUCGAGAAUCACGCAGGAAAACGGAUGAGACGGGAGAACGCACGACGAUGGACUCACCGAAGGAAUUCGAAAAAGGAAACGAACAUGUCCUCGACGAGAGGACCUCGGAGGAGCGAGUGUCCCAGGUUGCUGAGGAUGCGUUGAGAAAAUUGCACGGAGAUGUGACUGAGGCGUUGACCAAGCGGCAGGCAAGCUUGAAAACCGCGGGAAAAGCGUCAGGGGACUCUCCAGGGAGGAAAACUGAGCUCCGGGAUGACGCGUUGACGACGAGGAAAAUAACGAAGGUAGAAGGCGAAAGACGUCGCUCUUCCGCGAAAAAUCAAGAGGUCGAACGUAACAGCGGCCGUGAACCUAGCAACACCAAGAAGAGGCAGACGAGGGCUAAAGUUACGAAUUCGAAAUUAGUUAAGACUCGCGGCAGUACAGGAAGUCGUAAGGAAGACAGGGCCUCGAACUUUGAUAGGAAACAAAUGCGCGUACUACGGAAGCGGAUUGUGGAGCUGAGGCUGCGGCAAGAACGGCAAGACCUCCAAAAAUACCUACGUGAACUGAAGGACCUGAGGCUGGAAUCGUCUUCUACUCGGAGCUAUUUCAGUCCUUUGGAAUUUCCGAAGAUUGCAGAAUUCACACUCGACGCGACAGACUCGGAAUCGAAGCUGGGCGAUCAUGCCGUGUUUCGAGAGAGACUUUCGGCGAUCAGGCGGUGGUUGAAGGAUCAAUAUAUCUUGUAUCGUGACUACUGCACUAUGGCGCAAGCGAUCAAUGCCCACUAUGUUCCCACGACGUUGGAGGAUGCCAAAAAGACGAUACGCGGGCCUCGAAAAACGACCGUCAAGACCGGAUGACAUUGGCCCGCUCACAUGGAACGCGUAAAUACCUCGUACCUGAUUCCUCGUUGAAAUUAUCCACGAUUUAAGGCCGAAGAUUUCGAAAACGCAAGGGUGGAGUGCCUUUGUUCCCCCACGUUAUUGGGCGAACUUCACGCUGUGCGUGGGAGAUGCGCGGCGGCGGCGCGGGGCGCGCUUUCAUUGACGCGGCGCUCGUCCGGCGUAGUCUCGCAGCAGCCUCGCGACCGUUGAGACGUGUCGCGUCGUGUCCGUACUCGAUCGCGAGCUCGACCCUCCGACGCGUACUCCGGACGCUACCCGCUAUCCUCGCGUGUCACGUGCAGCCAGCCAGGCGCGGUCAGCGUUCCGCGUGCGGGGUGCGAGUCGUAAUUUCUCUGCGGCGCCGACAG